AUGAAUGCCUGGCUAGCCGACGCCCCGAAUCUCCCAAGCCAUGACAAUGGUACCUUUAAUCCGACAACCAUUGAUCCAUCCGCUGCCUUCCUCAAUCCCUCUCCUACUCCGGACCCCAACCAAUUCCAACAGCGCAUGUUCAACGGUCUGUCGCGAAAUGUCUCUCCCGGUUUCCAGAACCCAAACCAAGUGAUCCCCUCCAAAAGACCGCGCCCUGAGGAUGGGGUCGCCAUGUCCCCACGGCCUGCACCUGGGGGUAUAACCGCGUCACGCUCGCACACACCACACCAAGUGUCCUUCCCGGGCUAUCAACCGCCAGCGAAUGGCACACCGCAGUUUCCCGCCCAUCCUACUCCGUAUCAGCACCUCCAGCGCGGCGCCUCUCCCAGCGUCACACAGUCUCCAGUCAUGCAAGAUUUCGACCAGAACAGUGUCCAGCGAAUGGGAACCGCCUCCCCGAGUCCGUUUUCGCCUGCUGGCCCGCAUGUCGGUUCGCAGAUGUCCCCCUCGCAGUCGGAUCAUCCAAGCCGCGUGAACACGCCGCAAAGCAGCACGUUUAUGCCACCCAGUCAGCCUUUCGCGCAGGGUGUUGCACCGCAGUUCACUCCAACGCCACCGACCAUGACCUCAGCUGGCGUUCAACCACCUAUGCAGGCUCCUUUUGGCGCGGUGCCCCAGGGGUAUCAGCAGGCCAUGGCUCUUCAGCAGCAGCGACUUCAGGCCAUGCAGAUGCAGAACCCUGCACGCCCUAUGAAUAUGAAUCCGGCCAUGAUGGGUAGACCUAUGGCACCCGGAAUGAAUCCCAUGGCACCCCAGCAGGUGGCAGCUCUUCGGAUGCAGCAGAAACCAUCAAGCCCGGAAGGCUUUAUGAGAUCAUUACAAAAGUUUAUGAUGUCGCGGAAUCUGCAUUUGGACCUUCAACCUAUUGUUUGUGGUCGCCCCAUUAACCUAGUCCAGCUAUAUGCGGCGGUCAUGAAGUUGGGUGGUUCGAAGAAGGUCUCGGCGGCCAACAUGUGGCCUGUGAUUGCGCAACAACUGCAUUUCCCCCCGAUGCAGUUUCAAAUAGCUGUCCAGGAACUUCGAGAACACUAUGCGCGAAACCUCGCUGCAUAUGAGCAAGCCUUCCUCAGUACUCAACAGAAGCAAUCGGGUGAUCAAAUGCAACAGCAACAGCAGCAACAACCACAGCCGCAAAAUUCGUUACCCCGAACUGUGAGCGACCCUUCUGCAAUGCAAUUCCAAUCCCCAACGAAUAAGGCGGGCCAGGGUUUCGACACAUCGCAGCCCCUCGCACAGCCCUCGGCCGGUAACGCGGCGUCGGUAUCGAAUAACAUGGCACAUAGUGCGUCGAAUGGAUUUGCAGCACCCUCCCAAGCCAAGGUUCCGACUAAGCCACCACAACAUCGCCUUAGCAUUUCGCAAACCCCGGGAACACCACAGGAUUCAACUGGACAAUUACCAGGUCAACCGGCCGCGCAACUCGGAAAGAUCCCUGGAGCACAGCCAGGGAAACCAUCCGAACCCGUCGACACGUCGUCUGAUCAACCAUUACAACAUCCAAUUGAGGAGACGUUCAAGCCUAUGGUUCUGCCGGAGAGCCAACUUCAUGGCCCUAUUCAAGUAGAUGAAUUCGCCCAUCUUGGCGAAGACAUCUCGAGGUUGAAGCCCAACGUGCCAACAUUUGGGGAUUUGGGCGUGAUUGACAUCCACGCUCUCACUAUGAGCGUCAAGUCCGGGAUCCAUGCUGAAAUGCGCAUGGCAUUAGAUACUCUGACAUUGCUUGCCAGUGAACCGAACGUCCCCAUUUCUCUAGAACACUGCGACGAUUUGGUCGACAGUCUAGUCGAGUGCGCUGAAGACCAGGUUGAGCUGCUGGCAGAACAUGCAGCCGAAGUGUCAGACGUCAUGCUCCUAUCUUCAUAUGAAGAGAUUAUCCGCGGAUGCCAGACUGAAUGGACGUCUCUGGCUGAUGUUCCAGAAUUUGGGAGCCUGGACUACGAACUAGACCGGGCAGUAGAUCGCCUGAUUUGUAUCACCACGAUUUUGCGAAAUUUCUCGUUUACUGAGUCGAACUUUGGCGUACUGGCCAGUCCCACGGUUGUCAACCUGAUCUCCACGAUUAUCCGCUAUCUGGGAACACGAAACAUGCUCUUGCGAACGCAUCAGAACACGUUAGAUUUUAUGAAGGAUGCUGUCAUCUUUUUGAGUAACCUGGCUCAUUUCAUCCAAUUAUCGGGAAAGGACGAAGCCCACUGCCUCUUACAUUUCAUCCUAUCGUUUGCUCCGUUUCCGCUACCUACUCUCUCUCCUGAAGGGAGCAUCAUGUUCACGCCAUAUAAUGCCGCCAUCCACAAAUACACACCCACAGCGACAGAUGCUCUAGCCAAGCUGCUGGCGCGGGAUGACCCGAAUCGGUCAAACUUCCGUGCUAUUUUCUUGGGCGAUGCAUCCUCGACACCUCAACCGGAAUUACUUACCCGUGCAUUUGGCCUGGCCAUUUGCGCUGUUCCUGACCAACCGCGGAAGCCGCUCGCUCAUGCGGAUGCUCGCAAGGUCUUCCUGCUUCAAGGGUUACUCGCGGCUGAUGUUCUCGCUGGAUAUGUUGAUCCGCCGCUGGCCAAAGCCUGGCUUGAGUCAACUGAUGGAUUUGCAAUUCACCUUCUCCGGCUUUCGUGCUUAAUGAGCACGGAGCGUGUCCCACCACCAUUCAAUCCGCACGCCCGCCAGAGUCAGGUUGCGAGAGCACAAGCAGAGGAAGCAUAUGCAUAUAGCUCGAUAAUCAACCGAGGCUUGGCGAUCCUGCGCCGGCUUGCAGAGAAGUCGAAGCAAGUGGAUGAUGCUUCCGGGUUACGAUUUCCAUCCGGCAUCGUCCCAAAGAAAGAGAGCUUAUUGGGGGCAUUGCUGAUGCCCCAAGUGGAUCCAGGCGUUAUACGGCAACUGUUGACUUAUGCGCGACUGGCGGAUUGA